AUGCGCAUUCCCUGUUCCAAGCCUUGGUAUGAAGCCGAUCACGUGCUUUUCAUCAUCAAUUUAAGAAGGGAAAGUCAUUGGGUUUUUGGGCGUCUUGACGUGAACGAAGGGACGUUGUUUCUGUACAAUUCUUUGAGAAUCGCGAAGAUGAAUGCCGCAACUAGGAAUGCGAUGAAGGCUUAUUCCGUGUUGCUGCCUUUGUUUUUCGAUUUACUUGGGUUCUGGAAGAAUAGAGCACAAGCUCGUGCCUCAGUUUCUGACCCUACAGCUCCAUUCAGAAUCGUGGAGCUUAGUGGUCUUGCGUCUCAGCAGAAGAAUGAUUGUGGAGCAUAUGUUGCUGCCUUUGCUGAAUUCUUUAUACACGGAAAGGAUGUCCCUGCAGACUUUGACAUCGAAGUUUAUCGAACCCGACUUGCUUCACUUUUCUACUCGUAUGGACAAAGGAAAAUUGAUGAAAGUAUUGACAGCGAGGAUGAGAAGCAAACCAAGUCUUCUAAGGCAUCUAAAUUGAAGAAAUAUGAUCUUUUAAUUUGGUGGCUCUAUUCUGUUAUUUGUUGAAUCUAUUUACUUGACAAGUUUUAGUGUUGUUGUUUCAAUGUAGGUAUUAUAUUUGAUUUUAUACUAUGUAGCUGGUUUAAAACUUUUAGGAUAUUUGACAUUCACUCCUUAUAAUAUCUUUAUUGUAUAGGUUUGUAUUUCCCAAAGUUGUUUGUUUUUUUUAAUUGUUCAAGUUCUUAUAUACGGUCGCACAACUAUAGAGAAACUAUUAACCAACUAAAUACAAACUAUGUUUUC